CUUCGUCAUCAUCAUCACCCACUCACCCGCUCUUUCAUUCUCUCUCUCUCUCUAAAACUUUUCUAACAGAAAAAGUGCCGCAACAGCUGAUAAUUCCCAGAACCUUCGUUUGUACACAUUUGGAUAUAUGUACACUCAGAAUGAAGAGAAUUCUCUUCUCACAGGUUUGCCAUUGCAAAAUUUGAGCAUGUUUUAGAGAGAGGAGACUGAAUAACAUAGAACAUCAGCUGCUUUCGAAAAAAUUUGAUUUUAGAAGGUAUGAGGAAGUGUAACGGGAAUGGAGAAGUCUCGUUGGUGGAGGUUGCGGAGGUAGGCUUAAGGAUGACCAGAGCUAGAACUGCCCUAGCGGCUGCAAAGGCUGAGGCUAUGGAGGCGACAGAGAGAAAGAGAAAAGUAGGCGAAGGAGAAUUAGAGGGAUCCAGGUCCACAGUUCAGCUAAAAUCUCGUCGUGUUGCCACCGUGCCGGAUAAUUCAGCUUCGUCGGCGACUUCUGAAAAUUUGUCAUGCGCGAGCAUUAGCUCCCAUCAUGUUUUAGCAUCUUGCUGCUCAAGCAAUGGAAUGAGAGAGGUGGAUAAAAAGAGUUCCAAAUUCCUAGAUCUGGAGGAUGAGAAUGAAGUGAGUGUGGAGGAGAUUGCAACAUCAACUGGUGAUUCGUUGGAUUGCCAUGAGAGCAAACAGAAGACCCCAUCCUCCGAGUUACAGUCCGAGUCAGGCGAUCUGGAAUCAACGGCGAGGCCACACGAGGCGAGUUCUCGCCACCGCUCGCAGGCGGAGAAGAUGCCAUCAGAAGCGGAGCUGGAAGAAUUCUUCACCGCCGCCGAAAAGGACCUUCAGAAAAAAUUUGCUCACAAGUAUAACUAUGACAUAGUGAAAGACAAGCCAAUGGAAGGGCGCUAUGUGUGGGUUCAACUUUAAGUAAAGCCAUGAAGAACAGAAGAAGACAGAAAUUUUUUUACAACCCGCAAGGAAUGAAGAUUAUUACACUGGCUAUCUUCUCAACUGCUACAAUUCUUAUUUAAGUAAUAGUAUUAGUAAGUACUGGUUUAAAUCUUAUUCCAUGUUUUCAAUGUUCUUGAAUGUAUAGUUAGUUCUCUAGUCUUGUCUGCAUAUAUUUAUCUGCAAGUAGUUAACUGUAGUUCGUAGAGGAGAAUCUUCUGCAGCAAUAAAAUGGAAAUUCAAUCCCCUUUAAGGGAAAACAUUGAAGAACCAAAAGCUCUUUUUAGUUUUUAGUCCUAUUUUUCCAUGCC